UUAUCGACGGGAUCAUAGAUGUUGGCUGCCUAGUUCAAUGUCCAUAUUUUUGAUUUAAAAUAUUUAUGUAACUUUACUUUGAUGAGGCGAAAAACGGCUGGCCGCUGUCAUCGGACCAGGACAACGGACGGACAAGGCUAGGCCACACGAGCGAGAUCACGAGGUUUUUCGCAGAAGGCUGCUGAAUUAGAAUCCCGAGGAUGGGCUCCGGCCAGAGUGCCCGCAAGCUGACCAUCUCGAACGAAGAGGAAGUCGGGGUGAUCAAGGUGUCAAACGCGAUCGUACAGCGUCUCGCUCAGGGAGAGAAAUCAAGGGCGCAUAAGCCUCCGUCGGAUGCGAUACCCUCACCGAUGCAGCAAUCGGCACCUUCCAGGGUGACAACAUCCAUGUCUCACACUAGCGAAGCCACGCCUGGACAGCCAGUGUAUUAUCCAGAGUUGACAGUGUCUGCUCUUCAAAUGCAGCAGCAAAUGGAAGAGGAACUAAGACGGCAGGAUCAGUACUGGCAGAGGCGCCUAAGAAAUCUCGAAGAUGGUUACCAAAAGAUCAAUCGCGUUUUAGAUGAAGAAUAUAAGAAGGCAGCUAAUGAAUCCUCUGCCGCUAAGUCUG